UAACAACAAAAUUCUUUUUAAGGAUGUAUCAAUUUUAUGUUCGACCUUAGCAAGCUGCACCUUUCUCUCAAAUUUAAUGCUCAAUUUAUGCAAAAAUAAGAUUGGAGCAACAGGUGCAUCAAAAAUAUUUUCUGCUUUAAAAAAUUGCAAAUAGCUCUCGAUUUUAAAUCUAGAUCUAAGUUACAAUUAAAUUGGUACACAAAAUACAUUUGGUCUAGGCUCUGAAUUAGCAGACUGCUAGAAUCUCUAAAAUUUGACUCUGCAUUUUGACUACAAUUAAAUUGAUACAUUAACUGCAAAAGAUUUAGUUUUAACUUUAGCAAGUUGUCCUAAUAUCUCAAUUUUGAUGCUGAAACUUUAUGACAAUUUAAUAGAUGAAUAGGGUGGAUUAGCUUUAGGUUCUGCUUUAAGUAAUUUCAAAAACCUUUCAAACUUGACUCUAGACCUUAGUUAUAAUAGAAUUGGUGAAUUUGGUGCAUAAUAUUUAGGUUAAGCUUUUAUAAAUUGUGCUAGCCUUUAAAAUUUGGCUCUAUAUCUCAUUUACAACUCUAUUUGCUCAUAAGGUGCGUUAAUGCUAUGCAACUCUUUGGCAAAAUGCACUAAUAUAUCAACGUUGUCACUUAAUCUCUAUGAUAAUUUAAUUGGUUCAUAGGCUGCAUCAGAAUUAUUAAAUGUUUUAACAAAAUCCAACAAUAUCUCUAAUUUAACAUUAGAUCUAAGUGAUAACUAAAUUGAUGACGUGGGUGCAUCAGGUCUAGGUUCUGCUUUAGCAAAAAGCAAUAGUAUCUCAAUUUUGAAACUAAAUCUCUCCUGCAAUCAAAUAUGUGCAUAGGGUGCAUUAGACUUGUGCUCUGCUCUUGCAAAAUGUUCUAAAAUCUUAGUUUUAAAUCUAAAUCUUGA